GACAUUAAUCAUGGCGGAUAAAGUGAAGGGAAAGUCUGAUAACUUUCGAAGAACAUGGAACGCUGAGGAGUACGAAAAAUUGGCUAAAGUAAGAUUAGAAAAUGAAAGCAAAGAAGCAGCACCAAAAAAGUCCAAUAUCCCUGUAAAACGCGAGCUUUUAAAGCCGCGUGAGCACGAAGUUGAUUUGGACUCAAGUUUAGGGAAAUCAGUUGUUAUAACAAAGAGUACGCCAACAUCUCAACAAGGUGGUUAUUUUUGUAAUGUCUGCGAUUGCAUCGUUAAAGAUUCAAUUAAUUUUUUGGAUCACAUCAACGGCAAGAAACAUCAGAGAAAUUUAGGAAUGAGCAUGAGAGUUGAACGAUCAAGUUUGGACCAGGUUAAGAAAAGAUUUGAAAUGAACAAGAGAAAGUUGGAAGAGGAGAAACGAAAAAAAGAUUAUGACUUUGAAGCAAGAAUGACAGAACUAAAGGAGGAAGAAGAACGUCAACGAGAGAAAAGAAAGGAAGCCAAAAGGAAAAAGAAAAGAAGAGUUGAAUUUGAAACUGGGACUAAUCUUGAUCCAGAAAUGGCUGCAAUGAUGGGAUUCACUGGUUUUGGUGGAAGCAAAAAGUGAUAUUAAUAGCUUUAGUAAAGUGUCAAUUUCUAUCUGACCAUCUGGAACAGUCAUACGAUGGCAUGUGACUCACUUCAUAAAACAUCAACAGAAAAUGCCAACUGUCUGGCUAAGCAUAAGAUGAAUAAUCUUUGAAACACUUGCUUACUCUAUAAAAUUCUGUAUGCAUAUUGUUUAUAAAUCAUUUUAUUUAUAAUCGAUAACAAAGUCAUAUGUAUAAAAUUCACAGCCAAAGUCUUCUAUAUUCAGUAACUAGAACUGAUGUCAAUUAUCAAUCAACAGAAACACGCACACAAGAUACUUUACAAGCUUUAUGCUGACUACUGACUUGAUAACCAAAAUGCUUAUUUCUUUGUCUGUGAACACUAUGUAUGAAAUAUAUUUUGUAUGUUGUAUGUAUAGUUCUAUAAUCAAAGAUAAAAAGCUCUUGAAA